CAGCGGAACGGGCCGCGCCGGGCCGGGCGGGCGCUGCUGCUGCCCUCCCUCGGCACGGGGCCGAGCCGGGCCGAGCCGAGCCCAACCGGGCCGGACUGCGCCGAGCCGAGCGGAGGAGCCCGACAGAACCGAGCCGGGACGAGCAGAACCGAGUGGAGCCGAACUGAGCCGAGGAGUCGAAUCGAGCGCAGCCGAACCGAGCCGAGCGGGGCCGAACUGAGCUGAGCAGAGCCGAGGAGCCGAACCGAGCUGGGCCGAACGCAGCCGAGUGAGCCCGAACAGACCCGAACCGACCCGAGCGCAGCCGAACGGGUUCGAACCGAGCCGAGGGGCCGAACCGAGCCGAGGGGCCGAACCGAGCCGGGCCGAGCGGAGCCGAGCGAGGCCGAGCAGACCCGAGCGGAGCCGAACCACUUCGUUUCCUCGCCGUUCCCCACGGGGUGACCUCCGUGCCGGGCGGGCUGGUGGCCUCCAGCCCCUGGUGUCACCAUGGCGUCGCGCAUCGGGCUGCGGAUGGAGCUGAUGAAGCAGCAGGCGCAGCAGGAAGCCGAGCGGGAGCGGGUGCAGCAGCAGAUGAUGAUGAGCUACAUGCAGCAGCAGCGCAUGCCCGUGGCCUCCAGCCCUGCCAUCAACACCCCCGUCCACUUCCAGUCCCCACCGCCCGUGCCCGGAGAGGUGCUCAAGGUCCAAUCCUACCUGGAGAACCCCACCACCUACCACCUGCAGAAGUCUCGGGACAAGAAGGUGCAGGCUUAUCUCUCUGAGACCUACGGGAACAAGUUUGCUGCCCACGUCAGCCCCGCCAGCCACUCUCCCAAGCCACCCCCGGCCGCGUCCCCCGGCAUCCGGCCCGGCCACGUGCUGUCCUCCUCGGCGGGCAACAGCGCUCCCAACAGCCCCAUGGCCAUGCUCAACAUCGGCUCCAACCCCGAGCGGGAGUUUGAUGAGGUCAUCGAUGACAUCAUGCGCCUGGAUGACGUUUUGGGCUACAUGAACCCUGAAGUCCACAUGCCCAACACGCUGCCCAUGUCCAGCAGUCACAUGAAUGUCUACAGUGGGGACCCUCAGGUGACAGCGUCGCUCGUUGGUGUCACCAGCAGCUCCUGCCCCGCCGAGCUCACCCAGAAGAGAGAACUCACAGAUGCUGAGAGCCGAGCCCUGGCCAAGGAGCGCCAGAAGAAAGACAAUCACAACCUGAUCGAGAGGAGGCGAAGGUUCAACAUCAACGACCGCAUCAAGGAGCUGGGAAUGCUGAUCCCCAAAGCCAACGACCUGGACGUGCGCUGGAACAAGGGGACAAUCCUGAAGGCGUCCGUGGACUACAUCAAGAGGAUGCAGAAGGACCUGCAGAGGUCCCGGGACCUGGAGAAUCACUCGCGGCGCCUGGAGAUGGCCAACAAGCAGCUGCUGCUCCGCAUCCAGGAGCUGGAGAUGCAGGCACGUGUCCACGGGCUGCCCACCUCCUCGCCCUCGGGCGUCAACGUGGCCGAGCUGGCUCAGCAGGUGGUCAAGCAAGAAGCCAGCGGGGACGAGGGGACCCUGGAGCCACUGCUGCCACCCCCAGAGCCCGAAUCACAGCCACAGCCAGCGCUGCCCGUGCCCCCCCAGUCCCCCUACCACCAGCUGGACUUCACCCACAGCCUGAGCUUCGAUGAUGGCUCCUUCCCAGACAGCCUGGAGCCCGGCCACAGCUCGUCCUUCCCGUCCCUAUCCAAGAAGGAGCUGGACUUGAUGCUGAUGCAGGACACGAUGCUGCCCCUGGCCUCUGACCCCUUGUUCUCAGCCAUGUCCCCCGAAGCCUCCAAGGCCAGCAGCCGCCGCAGCAGCUUCAGCAUGGAGGAUGCAGACAUGCUGUGAUGGGGGAGCUGCCAGGGCAGGGCUUGCAGCACCAGCUUUGGGUGGGCAAGUCCCAGGACGCUCCUGGCAGGAGGAGCCCGUCCCACCACGCACCUGCACCUUCCCAGGAGUACCUGUGUCUAUGCAAGGGGGGCUCGGGUGCCUCCGUGUCUGUCGCAGCUUCUUUUUGCCAGGAGGAGGAGGAAGGACCUUCCUGGCUUGGCCUGACUGCAGAUUCCACAGCCUGGCAGGGACAUCUGGGCUGCUUUGCCUUUCAGCAGGAGCCUCCUGGCCUCACCCCCUUCCCCGGGGUGGUGCCUGCGAGCCUGGAGCCCCCGGGGAGCUUUGUGUCCUGUUUGGUGUCCCCUCACCCUGCUCGGGGAUCCUUCCUCCCCACCGAGUCUUGCCCAGCCCCUGGAUGCUUCCCAGUCCACCCAGCUCCUCCUUGCUGGGAGCUCCUGCUGCCUCUGGGGUCCCUGCAGGGUGACAAGGGGUUAAUUAGAGUGUGUUCAUUAGCACGGCACCGGUGGGGGUGUUGUCUGCAGGUGGGUGUGGAAGGUUCCAGAACACAUGGACUGCGGGGUUUGAUGCCCCACCAACCCCCUGUUGUGACCCCCACCACCCCAAAACCUGGGGGCAAGGCUGCCAGGUGACCCUGAGCGUGUCCCCACCAGUGUCCGUGCCCUGUGACACCCCCAGCUCCUUCCUGGGAGGAUCCAAGGGUUUUCCUGGAGGAUCCAAGGGUUUUCCUGGGAGGAUCCAAGGGUUUUCCUGGAGGAUCCGAGGGUUUUCCUGGAGGAUCAGAGGGUUUUCCUGGGAGGAUCCAAGGGUUUUCCUGGAGGAUCCAAGAGUUUUCCUGGGAGGAUCAGAGGGUUUUCCUGGGAGGAUCAGAGGGUUUUCCUGGAGGAUCCAAGGGUUUUCCUGGGAGGAUCCAAGGGUUUUCCUGGAGCAUCCAAGGGUUUUCCUGGGAGGAUCAGAGGGUUUUCCUGGGAGGAUCCAAGGGUUUUCCUGGAGGAUCCAAGAGUUUUCCUGGGAGGAUCAGAGGGUUUUCCUGGGAGGAUCAGAGGGUUUUCCUGGGAGGAUCAGAGGGUUUUCCUGGGAGGAUCCAAGGGUUUUCCUGGAGGAUCCAAGGGUUUUCCUGGAGGAUCCAAGGGUUUUCCUGGAAGGAUCCAAGGGUUUUCCUGGAGGAUCCAAGGGUUUUCCUGGAAGGAUCCAAGGGUUUUCCUGGGAGGAUCCAAGGGUUUUCCUGGAAGGAUCCAAGGGUUUUCCUGGGAGGAUCAGAGGGUUUUCCUGGGAGGAUCCAAGGGUUUUCCUGGAGGAUCAGAGGGUUUUCCUGGGAGGAUCCAAGGGUUUUCCUGAAGGAUCAGAGGGUUUUCCUGGGAGGAUCCGAGGGUUUUCCUGGGAGGAUCCGAGGGUUUUCCUGGAAGGAUCCAAGGGUUUUCCUGGAGGAUCCAAGGGUUUUCCUGGAAGGAUCCAAGGGUUUUCCUGGGAGGAUCCAAGGGUUUUCCUGGAAGGAUCCAAGGGUUUUCCUGGGAGGAUCAGAGGGUUUUCCUGGGAGGAUCCAAGGGUUUUCCUGGAGGAUCAGAGGGUUUUCCUGGAGGAUCCAAGGGUUUUCCUGGAGGAUCCAAGGGUUUUCCUGGGAGGAUCCAAGGGUUUUCCUGGAGGAUCCGAGGGUUUUCCUGGAGGAUCAGAGGGUUUUCCUGGAGGAUCAGAGGGUUUUCCUGAAGGAUCAGAGGGUUUUCCUGGGAGGAUCAGAGGGUUUUCCUGGAGGAUCCAAGGGUUUUCCUGGAAGGAUCCAAGGGUUUUCCUGGAGGAUCCAAGGGUUUUCCUGGAAGGAUCCAAGGGUUUUCCUGGGAGGAUCCAAGGGUUUUCCUGGAAGGAUCCAAGGGUUUUCCACAUCUUUUUUUGGGGAUACCUCUUGGAAGUCCUGCCCCAGGUGGGCCUGAAGCUCCAGGGAAUGAUUUGUGCCAGCUGCCAAAGCUGAGCUGCUGCUCCCAGCCGGGUUUCUCCUCCCAGUGUCACCAGUUUGUUCCACAGCUCUGUACUGGGGAGCUGCUCUGGGCUCUGCCUCGGGUCCUGACUUCCCAAAUCCAGCCUUGAGGGAGCUGGGAAGGGCAGGGGAAGGCUGGAAAACCCUCCAGGGUUUGUUGAGGGAGAGAGGAGGGGAGCUGGAGAGGAGAGGAGACCCCUUGGGGAUGGUCCCCCCUGGGCUGUGGGGUCACUCGGUGCCCCCACGCUGGAGCUGGGUGUCCUGGGGGGACACGGGGGUGUCCUGGGGGGACACAGGUGGCCCGAGGUGACAGGAUUUGGGGUUGGAGGUGGGGGACAGCCCCACAGAGGGGCCUGUGGGACGUGAGGGUGCGGGGAAGUGCAGAGGGAGGAGGAGUUGGAGCAGGAGGGCACCUGGGAGGGGCUCCAGGUGCUCUCACCUGGGCAAGAGGAGGAUCCAGGAGACCUCAGAGCCUGGAGGGGCUCCGGGCUGGAGCUCUGGGGGUGUUCACAGGAGGCCUUGGCACCCUUGGUGUGCUGCCAUCAGUGCCUGCAAAGAGAAUUGUCCCAGCAGGGUCACCCUGGCCGUGCUGGGGACCUGUGGGGGUGGGAGAGCCACGGAGCUGGGCCCUCCAGAGGGGCUGGGGGGAGCUCAGGGCACAAAAUCCCGCAGGAAAUGUGGAUUAUUGUGGCUUUAGGGUGCCCUUGGGCAAGGCCUGGCCGCUGCUCAGCACGAGAUGUCUCCCCUGGCUGUGAGUAAAACAGUUGUGGAUUAUAAUUACUAUUUUUUUUUAAAUCUUUUUGGGAGUUUUGUUUGUUUUUUCUUUUUUUUUUUUUUUUUAAUGCACUGUGCUCUGAUUAAAAAAAUUUUACUACUGUUUUAUAAAUAAAUGUAUAAAAGAAUGAACUGGAAUGGAAAGAAGAAUCAUUAAAAAUAUAUUUAUUUACAACA